UUCCAACUCGGCCGGGGAGUCGGGCUGAGCAAUUGAGGAUUUGAGGAAGCCAGACUUGGCGGACAGAUCCAGGGAGAUGGGGCUCAAGGGGAACAAGCGCUUCGGCGGCCGCGGCGGCGGCGGCCAGCCGCCGGCCAAGCGCCAGGCGGCCGGGAAGGACGGCCCCGCCGAGGAAACCGACGACGGCAUCGUCGUCGCGCAGAUAUCGAAGAACAAGAGGGUGGCUGUGAGGAGCUGGAACGGCAAGGUGAUGGUCGACAUGCGCGAGUUCUACGAAAAGGACGGCAAGAGCCUCCCGACCCGCAAAGGUAUAUCGCUUUCAAUGGAUCAGUGGAAGAUACUGAGGGACAACAUCGAAGCUAUAGACGAGGCCAUCAAGGAGAACACUUGAUCGGAAAAGCGGCUAAGGAGAUAUUGCUGGGCAAAGUUUCGCUCAUUUGCUGCUUAAGUAUGCUGGUAGUCUAGUGCUGUUUUUAGUCACACCUUACCUGGAAUGUUGCACUUAUGGUGGACUGUAACUAUUGUUGUCGUGAAGGUGACCUAAUGCUAAUGGUAGAAUGGUUUUAGGGGAUACACCCGGACACUGACCGGGUGCGUCGGCGGACGUUUGAGGGGUCAGAUUUGUGCAUCGUGGUUGUAGAUGUAGUAGGGUAUCAUUCCGUUAGCCCCUACCUGGUAGGAAUCGGGUCCAAACCCCAGUUGAAUCUUAUGGUUUCGCCCUGGCUGGGGUUUGAUCCUGGUCCACCUUGUGCAUCGGUUAAACCCGGUCAGGAUAUAUCCCUGGCAUAACCCAUUCCAAAUCCCUGUGUUCCACUGUUAAAA